AUGGGUAUUUCUCGGGAUUCUCGCCACAAGCGCAGCGCCACCGGUGCCAAGCGCUCUCACUACCGCAAGAAGAGAGCGUUCGAGAAGGGUCGCCAGCCCGCCAACACCCGUAUUGGCUCCAAGCGCAUCCACCUUGUCCGCACCCGUGGUGGUAACCAGAAGUUCCGUGGUCUCCGUCUCGACUCCGGUAACUUCUCGUGGGGCUCCGAGGGUAUCUCCCGCAAGACCCGUGUCAUUGGAGUGUCCUUCCACCCCUCCAACAACGAGCUGGUCCGCACAAACACCCUGACCAAGUCCGCCGUUGUCCAGAUCGACGCUGCUCCCUUCCGUCAGUGGUACGAGGCCCACUACGGCCAGCCCCUCGGCCGUAGACGCCAGCAGAAGACUGAGGCUACUGAGGAGAAGAAGUCCGCCUCCGUCGCCAAGAAGCAGGCUGCCCGCUUCGCUGAGUCCGGCAAGACUGAGUCCGCUAUCGAGCGCCAGUUCGAGUCCGGUCGUCUGUUCGCCGUUGUCGCCUCCCGCCCCGGCCAGUCCGGCCGCUGUGACGGUUACAUUCUGGAGGGUGAGGAGCUUGCUUUCUACCAGAAGGCUAUCCGCAAGUAA